AUGACUGUCAACCCAUUUGUCCAGUCAACCGCAGACCUGCCGCAGGCGGCCCCAAAACUCAAGUUCUCCCAGCGCCACCGGCAAAAGGUGAACGACAUUCGCGAGGAGACCAGGACCCUCCACCAAGACAAGAUCGAUCGCGUCAGCAGAUGGGUGGAGGACUGCGAGAGGGCACGAGCGACUGCGGAGAGCAGCACCAGCGAGCAGCUGAUCGACGAGCCGUAUGAGUGCGACGGCGACAUGGAAGACCUCCUCCUCGCGGUGCUGGUCGCCAGGCCCGAGUACCAGACGGUGCCCACGGCCGGUCAGGUCCGCCAAUUCGCCAGGGAGCUGCACACGUACAGGUCCAAGCUCUCAACCCUGGACCAGACACGGGGUUACUUUCAUCUGAAAUUCCUGUCGGCUCGUGAACCGGCUGCGCUGCCCGAGUACCCUGAGGAUAUCGACGAUGAGCCUGAGAUCGAGGCGCAGGGAGAUGGGAUAGGCCUCAAGACAGCAGCAUGGCCUCAGGUCGUCAUCCGCGAGAUCUCACCUGCUGAUGAAGAGCUUAGGUGGGAAAUGAUGCAGGAGUAUCAGAAGCGGAGGAGUACUCUCAAGAACAAGGUGGUGGAUAUUGCAUGGGACUCGGCAAUUCGGGCUACGACAUGUCCCAAUUUUGUCCGGAUCGAGGCCUUUUGA